CCCCUAAACACGGGUACAACCGUACAAGUCUUGUGAUUUUGCCUUGACGUGCUACGCUUCCUUAAGCGAAACCCAGAUAAUAAGCAAGCGGAAGAGAAUAGAGCAACAGAAAGGUAAAGCAGAAGAACGCGAUAAUGGGUGGAGAAGGGCAGAUCUUGAAGAGAAUUCCACGCAUUAAAUUCCCACAAAGACACCCAAAAUCCUCAGCUUCAGGUUCUGCAUCUCAAGCUCAACAUGCAUCAACAAAUAGGGACACUCACAACAUUACCAUUUCAAGGUCAGAUGUUCCAGCAGCACCCACAAACACCGCUGUGGGAGGCCAAGCUACUCUUCAGCCAAAACGAACACCGGUCUCAGACAAGGAGAUAGAGGCCGUACUGUUGGGCGGAUGCAUCUGAUCUGACCAAGAAUAAGUACCAUGGAAGCACUAACGUGAUCAAGACUUCGACGUGCUGUUUAUCAUUUUGCUAAAUAAUCAAACUGUAAGUACUCUGCUGUCGUAUUAUGUGUCAACGAGUUUAGUUUGAGGGAAGGACAAAACGACGCUCUGAUCCGUCAAGAUUUAUGGAUGCAUAUGAUUUCCUUGAAAAUAAAAUGACUUCGUUUCAGUUCUAG